AUGACCAACCAGCAUACUUCCCUUACCGAUCUCACCCAACUCGUGCCCUCAUCAUCAUCAUCGCCAAAUUUGGAUACGACCCCAAAGAGUCAACAGCAGCCAUCAGCAGACGAGACGGUCGCACUACUCAAGACUAGGUUCCUAUCCGAUCUACCCUAUCUAUGGCUAUCCCCUCGUUGUCUCAUCAGUCUCGCCCUCAACAAGAACUCACCCGUCAAUUCCGAUCAAUCCCUCAAUGCCUAUGCCUCUGACUGGUGGGACUGCAGCGAAGAUAGGAGGAAGAGGGUUGAGAAUGAAUCCGGCCAAGGCUUCGGUUCAGGGCCGCACAUCUGGGCACUCGCUGGGAAAGCCUACUAUUACAUGAGAAGAACCGGUGGUGAUCAAAGUAUUAUUACUAGGGGCGAGAGCGGAAGUGGAAAAUCAGAAGCCAGACGACUCGCACUCCGUUUUAUAGUCGACAUUUCAUCGGCCCUGCCCGGAAAAAAGGGAUCCAAACUCGUUCAACAGAUCCCAGCCGCCCAAUUCAUCCUCGAAUCCUUUGGUAACGCACAUACACUCGAAAACUCAAACGCCUCUCGUUUCGGUCAAUACACCGAACUCCAGUUCACCGAGAACGGCAAGCUGUGCGGACUCAAGAGUUUGGAGUAUUACCUCCAACGCUCCAGGGUGGUCAGUCGCCCGAGUGGUGAACGUAACUUUCACAUCUUCUACUAUCUCACUGCCGGCGGAUCCCCCGAGGAACGUGCAUAUCUAUUUCUCGAUCAACCUCCCACCACCACCGGUCUCGCCCAGCUUCCUGGUCAGGCUCUACGAAACAACGCUGAUCAUUCAGCCAGCCAACCUUUUAGGUUCUUGACACAGGCUCGUAAUCAGUCUGGACAGGCUUCAGCGGCUUCCGAUGCCCAGCAGUUCGUCAGACUCAAACAAGCCUUUAAAGCCAUCGGCUUCUCCAAGAAAUCGGUCGCCUCCACCUGUCAGCUUCUUGCCGCAAUCCUUCACCUGGGCAACCUCGAGUUCGUGCUCGACAAGGGAAAGAAUGCCGAGGCAGCUACCGUUGCAAAUCCUCCACUCUUAGACGUCGUCGCUUCAUUCUUGGGCGUCAAGUCUGAAACCCUAGAGUCUACCCUGACCUAUCAAACGCGAAUGGUCUCGGGUGAAAGGUGUACGAUCUUCCUCGAUUCAGAAGGCGCUUCCCAGAAUCGUGAUGAUCUGGCUAAGAUGCUCUAUGGCCUCUUAUUCAGUUGGCUCAAUGAAACUAUCAACCAGAAGCUAUGCAAGGAUGACUUUACCUCAUUCAUAUCAUUGAUCGAUCUGCCCGGUACUCAGAACAAUGUCUCCAGGGGUUUGAACCAGGGAGAUGCGGAAUACGUGACCGAAGGCCUCGAUGCUCAUCUCCCCGGACUUCAAACUCCAUUCUAUGAGAAUUCUGAGAUCCUUCGUGUCCUUACUCACGUCCCCGGUGGACUUGUGCACAUAAUUGAUGAUCAAAGUCGUCGACCCAACAAGACUGAUCAGACAAUGUUGGACGCCAUGGGUCGACGUUGGGGAAAUAACACCAGCUUUACCUUUAAGGAUGGUGACGAACGGCUCGAUCGGCCCGGAUCGUUUACCUGCUCACAUUACUCUGGACCGGUGACCUAUUCGGUAGAGGGUUUCCUAAUCCAGAAUCGAGACGUGGUCUCCCCUGACUAUCUAACCCUCUUCGGUGCCUCGCGCCGUGCUUCCACCGGGCACGGCUCGACGAAUUCAUUCAUUCGACAGUUGUUUGUCGAUGCUAAUCUCACCACGACCACUCAUCCCAUGAGUGAGAAGACGAUCGUGGCUGCUCAGCAGCUUCAGAGACCAAUGCGUGCUCCAUCCACCCGCCGAAAGAAUCGACACGAUGUUCCUGAAAAGUCUGCCAAUGACGAUCCAACCGAAGAUGUCACUAAAAAGGACGCUAAGGCCGAAACCGAUGGCAAGCUGGUCGUCUCCGAGUUCAAUGAAUCCCUCACUACCCUGCUAGAAACCAUGCAAGACACCAAAACUUGGUUUAUUUUCUGUCUCAAAUCAAACGACUCACAACUCUCAAAUCAAUUCGACGGCAAGCUGGUCAAGCAGCAAGUUAAGUUUUUCAACAUUCCCGAACUGGCUAGACGAUUGAAGGACGACUGGAUGGUCAGCUUGGAAAACAAUGAGUGGUGGGAUCGUUACAAAGAAUGUGACCCGAUCGCGAGUGAUGUGGUCCGUCUGAGCUUAAUAUCUUGGCAAGAAAGGAUCGAAGGAAUUAAGAAUAUGAUGGAUUGGGAUAAUCAUGACAUCAUGUUAGGAAACUACAAGAUUUUCAUGAAUGAUGCUGCAUUCCGCCAGUUGGAAGAUCGACUUCGCGCAGCAGAUGGUGAUGAACAACGAAGGUAUCAAGAGAAAGCUGCCGUCCAGGGGACCGCUGAGACUUUUGCCGGGAAUGACCCAUAUGGUAUGCCACACCAGUCGCCAACCUUUUAUCCGGCGGGGGCGCACGGAAAUUCUUCCGAGAUUGGUCUACCACUCGUUUCCCACGCGGCAGGACAAGCCGGACACAUUGGAGGCUACUUUGAUGACGAUCGGAAAACGGUGAUGACAGAUACGGAGGGCGGCUAUGGCUCUCCGAUGCACGAAAGCGAGAGCAAAUCGUACUUGGGUACAGACCGCUAUGCGCCCUCUCGUAACAUGUUCGACUCAACAGGCAAACCGGCCGACAGUGAGAAAGAUGCACUCACCGAGGGCGCUCAACCUGGUCGUGGAGAAGUAGCCGAAGAAGUCGUUGGAGAAAGCAGUCUGCGUAAGAAGUGGCUCUUGUUGGUUUGGGCCUUGACUUUCUAUGUCCCCAACUUCCUUCUGGCCUGGAUCGGCCGCAUGAAACGUCCAGAUGUCAGACUAGCAUGGAGAGAAAAAUUGGCAAUCAACAUUGUAAUUUGGUUUUGUUGUGGGAUUGCGGUGUUUGUGAUUGCGAUCAUGGGCAACUUAAUCUGCCCGAAAGAAUUUGUGUUCUCAGCCAACGAACUGAGCUCGCACUCCUUCAGCAGCAAUGCCAAUAACAUGCUAGUAGCCAUCCGUGGUGAGGUCUUCGAUUUGACAAGCUUUGCACCCGUUCAUUAUCCGUCGGUCGUCCCGACAAAAGCCGUCCAAAGCUAUGGCGGAACCGAUGCCACCAACCUCUUCCCCGUCCAAGUUAGCGCACUAUGUUCUGGCAAUGGUAAUGGUAUUAGCGAUUGGAUCAUUUUGAGUGGCGCUAAUACUACUAGUCUUGAACCGAAUUCCGUUUAUCACGACUUUAGAGCCUUUACGUCUGAUGCUCGUCCAGAUUGGUACUUUGAACAAAUGUAUUAUUUACGGUACAGCUAUCGGAGAGGGUUUAUGGGCAAAACUCCAAAGGAAAUUCAGUCUUUGGCUCGAAACGGUCGCAAAUCAAUUGCUAUCUUAGACGGUAGCGCAUAUGAUUUAACUGACUACAUCACAGUGGGUCCCGGAAUCAGAACUCCGACUGGCACAUCUCCUCCGUCAGUUGAUUCGCAGUUCAUGAGCCCAGACAUUGUCCAACUCUUUCAACAAGGAGCUGGUGGUGAUGUGACCGACAAAUUCAAUGCGCUCAACAUGGAUCGGAAUGUAAAGCAAGCCCAACGGAUCUGCCUGAGAAACCUUUUCUUCGCCGGCAAAGUGGACAAUCGACAAUCAGCUCAAUGUCAAUUUGCGCAAUACAUCCUCUUGAUCUUUUCAAUCAUGAUGGUCUCGAUUAUCGGGUUCAAGUUUUUGGCAGCCCUGCAAUUCGGAAAGGCUCGUCAACCGGAAGACCACGAGAAGUUUGUGAUCAUCCAGAUCCCUUGUUAUACUGAAGGUGAAGAAUCUUUAAGAAGGGCUAUCGAUUCAGUCACUCAAUUGAAGUAUGACGACAAGCGGAAAUUGCUCUUUGUUAAUCUCUUACAUUUGGGAGAAGAUCGAUACUUGACGACGCUUUUGUUGAAAACCUUCCCGACCUUCAAGACGACCUUCAUCCAAGAUGCAUUCGCCAAGACGAUCGCCCCGGAUGAAUGGAAGAUUUUGCUUUCGCAACGGCGUAGGUGGAUUAACUCGACGAUCCAUAAUUUGGCUGAACUCUUGAUGAUCGAACGUCUCUGCGGUUUCUGUUGCUUCUCAAUGAGAUUUGUCGUCUUCAUCGAUCUCUUUUCUACCCUAAUUCAGCCCGUUACCGUCGCUUAUCUGGCUUAUCUCUUGUACUUGGUUGGCUCAAAAUCCGGAUUAGUACCGACAACGUCGAUCAUCAUGAUCGCCGCGAUAUACGGAUUACAAGCCUUGAUCUUUGUCUUCCAUCGAAAGUUUGAACACAUUGGAUGGAUGUUCUUCUAUCUCUUGGCGAUCCCGAUCUUCUCCUUCUUGAUCCCGAUCUACUCUUUCUGGAAGAUGGACGACUUCAGUUGGGGUAAUACUCGUGUCGUUCUUGGUGAGGCUGGUAAGAAGUUGGUUAUACAUGAUGAAGGCAAAUUCGAUCCUAGUUCGAUUCCCUUGAAAACUUGGCAAGAGUAUGAAAAUGAGUUAUGGGAGAGGGGAUCUAAUCAGUCCAUUGGCUCAAUCAUCGCCGAUAAGCGUAAUGCUUCGGCCAAAGAGGCAUCCUUAUAUGGCCAAGAGACGAGCUAUGAUCCCCCGGUGAUGAUGCCGUACAGUCGAACGCACUCGCCGGGAUUGAACGAACAAAACCACGACGCACGAUCGCUGUUGUCAGGCUACCAAGGAGGAGGAGGUAGUGUGAUGUUGAUGCCGCCAGGCAAUGGGGGUUACAUGGACCCGAUGGCUGGGCGGGCGAUGUCGGUGCACUCCUUCGGAGGGCCCCAAGCGAUGAUGGGCGGAGGCAUGGCGAAUAGCUUCAUGGGCCCUAAUAACGGCAUGAUGCCCAUGGGCAUGGGUAGCAUGUAUGGACCCGUGCCCGGCUUUAUGCAGGGUCAGUUGGGCGAUAAUGGGAGUCGUAGAGGCAGUGGCGCCGGCUUCCCGAUUCCGAACCGAGGCGGGUUACCUUCGGAUGAACAGAUCAUUGCGGAUAUUCAAGCUGUCUUGGCUAGAGCCGAUCUUAACACCAUCACUAAAAAAGGAGUUCGUCAGGAAUUGGAAGCUAUGUAUGCGACCGAGUUGGGAGAUAAGAAGGCCUUCGUCAACCAAGCCAUCGAAGAUCAAUUGGGUUGAUCAUCCGUACUAUAUUUCCUUGCCUUCUCUUCUCUCUCCCACUUUUUUUUCACCUCCUCUCAACUCGUUUGCUCGUAACUUUUUCUCUCUCUCAUGAUGUCUCGAGUUUUUUUCUUUUUCACCCGUCUCGUCGUCUUUCCUUCGUCUUCUAGUCCAUCGUCUCUUUCUUCCUUUUCUCUCUCUCUCUUUCUUUGUCUCUUUUAUUCAACCCUAUUGUCUACAUACACAAAUAUAUACAGACAUUACAUUUUUUUCUCUCAUAUAUAUAUAUAUAUGUGUGUGUAUUACAUUGGAUCUUGAGAAUGUGGGGGAUGGUAGAGAGUGGACUGGGAGGGGGUGUUCACUUAAAUAGAUCUCUUUUCAUAAUUACACCUCUUUUUUUGCUUCUUCUUCUCUGAUCAGAUGUUACUUAUUUUAUACAAAGAUGAAUUAACUAUUUUUUUUACAUAAUGAAAAGGUAAUAUACAAUUGAAUGAACAAAAAAGAUUAAGACAAGAGGGGCCAAGCUAUUCUUACACACUUGAAGAAAA